UCUUUAUCAAGUUCCAUCAUAGCCCAUUACUUCUUCUACACGAACCCGGUACCCAUCGUUUCCUACACUAUUCGACCAGCCUACCCUGCAAACUCCUUCUCGCCCAUCGAUAUUCAUAAAUCUAGCACUUGCCCACACAUCCCGUCACCAUGCCGUCCGCCACGGGGUCAAACUGGGAGAAGUACCAGAAGAACUUUGCCGACGACGAGAUAGAAGAGAAGAAGAUAACACCGCUUACCGAUGAGGAUAUUCAAGUACUGAAGACAUACGGCGCGGCACCUUACGGCUCGGCACUCAAGAACCUCGAGAAGCAGAUCAAGGAGAAGCAACAAAGCGUGGAUGAGAAGAUAGGCGUCAAGGAAUCCGACACAGGGUUGGCACCACCCCAUCUAUGGGACGUAGCCGCCGACCGGCAGCGCAUGUCUGAAGAGCAGCCCCUUCAGGUAGCGCGGUGCACUAAAAUCAUCGCCGAUGAGAAGGACGAGUCCAAGAGCAAGUACGUAAUCAACGUCAAGCAGAUCGCCAAGUUCGUCGUACAGCUGGGUGACCGGGUGUCGCCGACGGAUAUCGAGGAAGGUAUGCGCGUAGGUGUCGACCGGAAUAAAUACCAGAUCCUGUUACCCCUGCCGCCCAAGAUCGAUGCCAGCGUCACAAUGAUGACGGUCGAGGAGAAGCCCGACGUCACAUAUGGCGACGUUGGUGGUUGCAAGGAGCAGGUCGAGAAGCUGCGAGAGGUCGUCGAAAUGCCCCUUCUCUCACCGGAGCGGUUCGUCAACCUCGGCAUCGACCCGCCAAAGGGCGCCCUGCUCUACGGACCCCCGGGAACUGGAAAGACGCUGUGUGCACGAGCCGUGGCCAACAGAACAGAUGCCACAUUCAUCCGUGUGAUUGGAUCCGAGCUGGUGCAGAAGUACGUAGGUGAGGGUGCACGUAUGGUUCGCGAGCUGUUCGAGAUGGCCCGCACCAAGAAGGCCUGCAUCAUCUUCUUCGACGAGAUCGACGCUAUUGGCGGAGCACGAUUCGACGACGGAGCUGGUGGAGACAACGAGGUGCAGAGAACUAUGCUGGAGCUCAUCACUCAAUUGGAUGGUUUCGAUGCCCGUGGCAACAUCAAGGUCAUGUUCGCAACCAACAGACCUUCCACCCUCGACCCUGCACUCAUGAGACCUGGCCGCAUCGAUCGUAAGAUCGAAUUCUCGCUACCAGAUCUCGAGGGUCGCGCUAACAUCCUGCGUAUUCACGCAAAGAGUAUGAGCGUGGAGCGCGACAUCCGAUGGGAGCUGAUCUCGCGACUGUGCCCCAACGCUACCGGUGCCGAACUGCGCAGUGUGUGUACCGAGGCCGGCAUGUUCGCCAUCCGCGCACGGAGAAAGGUUGCUAGUGAGAAGGACUUCCUGAGUGCGGUCGACAAAGUUAUCAAGGGCAACUUGAAGUUCAACUCGACUGCCACGUACAUGCAGUACAACUAGGCGAGGAAGGCAGAACGGGGGAGCGGAAGAGGCCGGAUACUGGCUCGGUGUACUACUUGUAUGACUAGGAAAUGGGGCAAUUUGCAGGCUUCUAGAUACAAUUGGACGGCCUGCAUUUGAUGUAUGGGCGACGGCAGCUCGAUGAUAGAAGACAAUGAGACUUCCUUCCGUACGUUGCAAUGGCAGU